AAGAGAACUUGUUUGCUUGCUCAUGUUCUAAUUUCUAACCCGAUCGUCGUCUCGGUGGUCACUGUACGGAGCUCCUGCAUUGGUUCUCCGUGGAGCCGUCGGAGGAGCCGAUAUCUGAAAUAGGUGAAGGUCGGAGAUGAUGGACUCGAGUCUGGAUCUGCAGGAAUCGGGAUGGGAGGAACUCCGGAGAGAAGCUCGUAAGAUCGAAGGCGAUCUCGACGUUAAGCUCUCUUCGUAUGCCAAGCUUGGCGCGAGGUUCAACCAAGGAGGGCACAUUGACACUGGAUCUCCAACUGUGGGAUCUGGAAGAUCAUGGAAGUCAAUGGAGAUGGAAAUCCAAUCAUUGCUAGAGAACCUCUUGGAUAUAAAUGACUCUAUGAGCAGAUGCGCUGCAUCAGCAGCUCCGACAACAUCAGUUACCCAAAAGCUGGCAAGGCACAGGGAUAUACUCCAUGAAUAUACCCAGGAGUUUCGACGAAUCAAGGGAAAUAUAAACUCAAUGAAGGAGCACGCUGAGCUUUUAAGUUCUGUCAGAGACGACAUUAGUGAAUAUAAGGCUUCUGGAAGUAUGUCACCAGGCGUGCAAGUUUUACGGGAGAGAGCUUCCAUCCACGGAAGUAUAUCCCAUAUAGAUGAAGUCAUUAAUCAAGCUCAAGCGGCACGAGCGGUCUUGGGAUCUCAACGGUCAAUGUUUGCAGAUGUUCAAGGGAAAGUAAAACUUCUCGGAGAUAAGUUCCCUGUUAUUCGCGGACUGCUCGGCUCAAUCAGAAGGAGACGUUCUCGGGACACGAUUAUCCUCUCUGCCGUCAUCGCUGCUUGUACGUUGUUUCUAAUAAUCUACUGGCUCUCUAAAUAGCAAAAGUUUCCAUGAGUUAUGUUCAUAGGCAGUGAUAGCACAAGAGCUUUGUUAAGUUCCUAACUUCGAGAUAGAGCUCUUGUUCCAUCUUCUUCCUCAGCCCCCUCAAUUUCCUAGAUAAGUUUUCUCCAGAAUUUUGCUUUUUCUCUUCUCUUUU